AUGGAGCAGUCCUCGGCUCAGAACCCGAUGCCAGGUCUGCCCCAUGGUGCGACGACUCAGGGGUCGCUUCCCCCGGAAUACUGGAAUGGUCUCGAUUCAAUCUAUGCUGGUGACCCGCAGUUUCCACAGUCAUCUCAGCAGCCGCAGGGACCGCCCUCUCAGCAAACACCGCUGGGGAUAGGGUGGGAUCAUCCAGUGUUCCAGCAGCAACAGCGUGAUCAAGUUACUCCUCAGCCUGAGCAAAAUCAUGGCAUCUACUCUGUUCCUCAAUCAUGGCAGCCGAAUCCACUGCAUCAGCCUCCACAACGCUAUGGAGUGCCAUCGCAGUAUCAAACACCGUCGCAAGUCCCUCAAUUUCAACAAAGCCAGAUGAAUUUCGAUUCUCGUCCCCUGACUCCGUCCGAGACUUCACCGUUUCCGGCAUACUCUUACCAGCCAAACUCCUUCCAUCCCCAACAGCUCUCAGUACAGGAUACCUUCCCCGAGCCGUUUGGCCAGCAGAACGUCCCUUCACAGCCUCAGCAGCCUGUCGAGUAUCAGCCUGCUUCUUCCCAGUCCUCGAUCUCUCAAUACCCGAUUCCUCCAAGUUAUCCCCCAGGGCUGCUGCAAAAUACCAUUGACCUCACGAACGACUACCCUGAAGCCGAACCUGGCGUACCCCACCACCAGACCAUCAACCCCCAAUACCUUGAUUCCGCCCCUCAAAACUCCACUGAGCAGCAUCCAUCCUUAUCGAACAACUUUCUCUAUGGAAUUCCUGCCGGAUUCGACAGGCCAGAUAACGGAAAGAUGUUUGAUUACUACCAACACAAUUUAUCGGUUCAACCGCAGAUAGCCCAAGCUGUGGGUGCGGUGGUUCCCAGCCUUGGAGCAAAUGCUACUAGAAUCACUGAGUUUCCUCAGCCUCAGGUUGUCAUGCCAACAGGCAAGAAGGCCACUACUAAAAAGCCGACUCAGACGAAAAAGGCCGGUACGAAAGCGCCGAGGAAAGCCCAGGCGCAGUCAGACAGCGAUAGCUCCGAGGACUCUGAUCUUGAGAUCGAAGCUCCUGAUGAGCCAUCUCCCAUCCCCGCAACUCGCCCAACCGAGCCCGCUGCCGCCGCCGAAUUCGACACGCUCCACGCCGUGUGGUCUCCGCGAAAUAAGCGCCCCAGUGUGGAGAAAGUCAAGAAUGCUCUGGUUGCGUUCAAGGACGUUAUCAAAGCUCUCAGAGAUUCGUGGAAGGAGCAAGUUCAAGCGAUGAAGCUAGCUGAGAAUCAGGGCAACAAUGACAAGGCAACUCAACUGAAGCAAAAUGUUGCUCUUCAACGGCACAUCAUGGACAAGAUCGUGACUACCGCCUUGGCCAUGGGCCAUCCCAGGAUCGUCGAGAAGCUGGGAGAACAUCCCAUGGCCCUGGCAGCCAUCUACUCCUUCCUAGCAGAUCGUUUCCAGGCUGCUGAUUUCGAAGCUGCUUUGACCAUGAACAUUCUCAAGCUCCUUGCUCGUUUCAGCACCGUGGAUGAGGAACUGCUGCAAAAAACGAACAUAGCCAAGCUGCUCCCGAAAUUCAUGAAGAAGGGCGGGCAGCCAGUGAAGGACCUUGCACAGAAGAUUCUUGACAAUGCUGUGGCCUCGACGAAGCGGAAGCAGAGCAAUGGAAAAUCUAACGGUUCACCUAUGCCUGCAGAGUCCGGCCCUGUAGAUUCCAAGGGCGAGGUCGCUGGAUCAAAACGACCUCGCGAGGGCGAGGGCAACCAGCCUGCGACCAAGCGUAUGGUUGUUGCCGGCGCCAAGGACACGAAUAAACCCUCGAGUAAUGGUCCGGCCAAGCGCUUAGCAGAUGGUGCUCAGAAUGGCAAGGCAACUGGUGCAACAGCUCCACGUCCCAAAGCCAACAUUAUCGCUCCCAAGCCCACGAGUCUCUUCGGUAGUCUUAGCUCAGCGUCCAAGAGACCUGGGACAACAAACGCAGAGAGGGCUGCUGCUGCCGCCUCAAAGCCCACUCCCGCGGAAAAGAAGGAGAAAGCAGCACCACCUCCGAAGCCUGCGUUCUCGUUUGGUGAUAUCAUGGCCGAUCUCAACAAGCCAAAGGAGCCUGUUUCCACAGAGCCUGCUGAGGAUCAACCCCCAGAAACGGAAGAAGAGCGGCAAAAGAGACUGCGUAAGGAAGAACGACGCAAGCUUCGCGUCAGCUGGAAGCCCGACGAUUCUCUUACCGAAGUCCGACUGUUCACUCACGACCCCGAUGAGGAACUGGGCCCUGGCGAUGGGUCAUUGCGUGGCGCAGGUGAUGUCAAGGGCGAGGGCAGUGUGCUCAAACUCCACAAGGACUUGGAUGAACUCGAAGAAGAUGAUCUCGGAGGUAUUCGAGAGACCAGCCUCCGAGAUUACCAGGACCUUUCGGAAAUUGCCUUUGAGGCGGAAUAUCUCAAAGGAGCCAACUUCAUUAAACGUGGAGGUACACAGCAGCCUACAAGUCCAGAAAAAGAGGCUCAGGACCACCGGGAAUCCACCACUCUUAUGGUGUUCUACUCGUCGCCGGCCGAUGUGCCUCCCUCACCGAAGGAGCCGCCUGCCCCGGAUCCCGACGAGGUGGUGCCUGAUGAGGUUCCCUUUGGCGAACUGCCUGAUGAUCUCAAAGCGCGUCAGGAACGUUACUUCUCCAUGGUUAACCCCAUACCUCCAGCUCCCCCGCAACCGAAUCCAACAAGCAAUGGAUUUGACAUUUCCAAUUUACUCAAGAUCAUCCAGGGGGCACCUGGGCAGCAGCAGCAGCAACAGCAACCUGUAGCCCCACCACAAGCUCCCCAGCAUCCCCCGACAUCUGAUCUUGAGCGCACGAUCAGUAUGUUCCGGCAACAUCAAACUCAGGCCCCGGCACCUCCGAUUCCGCAGAUGCCCGUGUCCCAACCGCCAUCCCAACCACCCGCUGGGCAAGGCGUUGACUUCCAAGGGAUUUUGAACGUCAUGAUGCAGAUGCAGCAGGCACCUGGAAUGCUUCAGCCUCAACAAUCGCAGCCGGCAAUGCCACCCAAUCUCGGGGCUAUGUUCUCACAAUUCAUGCCUCAGAAUCAGCAAGGGGCAUCACAACAAGGGUUCGAUUAUGAAGACCCUGAACGCAAGCGAAUGCGCGAGAGCGCGUAUAAUGACGACAAGUUUGAGGGAUCCUGGAGCCGUCAGAAGCGGACCAAAGCCAACGAUCCCAAACCUUACAAGGUCGGGCUCGUUGCUUGCAAGUUCUGGGCCGAAGGAAAGUGCAGAAAGGGCGACAAUUGCACUUUCCGGCACGAUACGUGA